AUGCCUUGGAAGCAGCAGGCUGACUGCAUCCUUCUCAUCACAUUCCUGGGUGUGUCUGGGCUGGCUGGUGCAGUUACCAGAACAUACCACAUUGGGAUUGUGGAAGAAUACUGGGACUAUGUACCCCAAGGGAAGAACAUUAUUACUGGGAAAAGUUUCACAGAAGACAAACUUGCAACUUUAUUUCUCGAGAGAGGGCCAAACAGGAUAGGUGGUCUUUACAAAAAGGCUGUUUACAGACACUACACAGAUGAGACCUAUGCCACAGAGAUCCCCAAACCGCCCUGGCUUGGAUUCCUGGGCCCCAUCUUGAGGGCUGAAGUGGGCGAUGUGAUUGUCAUCCAUUUAAAGAACUCUGCUUCCCGACCUUAUUCUUUGCAUCCACACGGUGUUUUCUACAACAAAGAUUCAGAAGGAGCCCUGUACCCAGAUGGAACAUCUGGGAAGAACAAGGAUGAUGAUAUGGUUCCUCCUGGCAAAAACUACACCUAUGUCUGGCCAGUGAGAGAAGAAUAUGCCCCUACUCCAGCUGAUGCCAACUGCCUGACCUGGGUGUACCACUCACACAUCGAUGCCCCUAAAGACAUCUGCUCUGGGCUAAUUGGCCCACUGCUGGUGUGCAAGAAAGGUGUCCUGAAUAAAUAUUCAGGGACAAGGGCUGAUGUGGACCGAGAGUUCAUUAUAAUGUUUACUCUGGUGGAUGAGAAUCAAAGCUGGUACCUCGACGAAAAUAUCAGACAUUUCUGCACUGACCCUGAUUCAGUUGACAAAGAAGAUGCUGCUUUUCAGAGGAGUAACAAAAUGCAUGCCCUCAAUGGAUACCUCUUUGGAAAUUUCCCUGAGCCUGAUAUGUGUGUUGGUGAAUCCGUGUCCUGGCACCUGUUUGGGAUGGGGAAUGAGAUAGACAUCCAUUCCAUCUAUUUUUAUGGUAACACCUUCAUCAGCCGAGGGCAUCGGACUGAUGUUGUCAACCUGUUCCCAGCCACAUUCUUGACAACAGAAAUGAUAGUUGAGAAUCCUGGGAAGUGGAUGAUAACCUGCCAAGUCAGUGAUCACCUACAAGCUGGUAUGCUGGGGCAGUACAAUGUUGGUAACUGCAAAAACAGUAUUUCUCAUCCCACGAUGAAGGGUCAACAGAGGCGCUACUUUAUAGCAGCUGAAAAAAUUCUUUGGGAUUACGCUCCUCAAGGCUACAACAAAUUCAACGGUCUUCCCCUAAAUGUCUCUGGCAGUGACUCCGAGCUCUACUUCACACAAGGGAACAACAGAAUAGGAGGAAAAUACUGGAAAGCUCAGUAUAUAGAGUACGUUGAUGAAACCUUUACUCAAAGAAAGAAACUCUCUGAGGCAGAAGCCCACCUUGGAAUUCUUGGCCCAGUCAUCAGGGCAGAGGUAGGCGAUACUCUGUUAGUGACCUUUGCCAACAAAGCUGAUAAGGUCUACAGUAUUUUGCCCCAUGGUGUUGUCUAUGACAAGGCUUCUGAUGCAGCCCCAAACAUAGAUGGAUUUGUGAAACCAGGGGCACAUGUUAAGCCAGGUGAAACCUUCACAUACAGAUGGACGGUGCCUGGAAGUGUAAGCCCAACAGCUGGUGAUCCUCCCUGUCUGACCUAUCUUUACUUCUCAGCAGUUGAGCCAAUCAAGGACACCAGCUCUGGCCUUGUAGGGCCUUUGCUAGUCUGUAAGAAAGGUGUUCUCAAUGCUGAUGGGACACAGAAAGGAAUAGACAAGGAAUUUUACCUACUAUUCACAGUCUUUGAUGAGAAUCUGAGUCGGUAUCUUGAUGAAAACAUUAAGUUUACCCUGCAUCCCUUCAGUGUUGACAAAGAAGACAAAGAGUUUGUGAAGUCCAACCGGAUGCAUGCUAUUAAUGGUUAUAUGUAUGGCAACCAGCCAGGCCUAAACAUGUGCAAAAAGGACAGAGUUUCCUGGCAUAUGAUUGGAAUGGGCACUGACACCGACAUGCAUGGAGUUUAUUUUCAAGGCAACACCAUCCACCUACGAGGGACUCACCGUGACACCUUGGCCCUGUUUCCCCACCUGUCUACCACAGUGUUCAUGCAGCCGGACUAUGCAGGUAUUUUCAGGGUGUUUUGUUCCACCAUGCACCACUUCACCAGAGGCAUGAAUCAGAUGUAUGAGGUCAACAGCUGUGGCCACAGGGACCCUUCAGAGCAGCUGUAUGGGAUGAUAAGAACCUUUUACAUCGCCGCUGAAGAGGUAGAAUGGGAUUAUGCCCCUAACAAAAACUGGGAGUUCGAAAAGCAGCACUUGGACGCAAGAGGGGAAAGACACGGAGAUAUAUUUAUGAACCACACUGAAAACUGGAUUGGCUCUCAGUACAAGAAGGUGGUUUACAGGGAAUACACCAAUGGAGAAUUUGUGGAGAUCAAAGCCCGACCACCGCAAGAACAGCACUUGGAACUGCUGGGCCCAAUGAUGCAUGCUGAGGUGGGUGACUCUCUCCUGAUCAUAUUUAAGAACAAAGCCAAUCGGCCCUACUCCAUCUCAGCGCAUGGUGUAGAGGACACAGAGAGGGGAAAGCGACUCCAAGUUCCCAUGACAAAGCCAGGAGAAAUAAAAACUUACAUAUGGAAUGUCCCUGAAAGGUCUGGUCCAGGGCCAUCUGACCCAAAUUGUAUUCCAUGGGUUUACUAUUCAACAGUAGACUUUGUGAAGGAUACAUACAGUGGUUUGAUGGGUCCUCUGAUUAUAUGCAGAGAAGGAGUGUUGAAUGAAAAAGGAAGAAGAAGUGAUGUUGAUUAUGAAUUUGCUCUCUUGUUUUUGGUAUUUAAUGAGAAUGAAUCUUGGUAUCUGGAUGACAAUAUUAAGAAGUAUCUCAAUAAAGAUCCACGAGAUUUUAAGCACACGGAUGAUUUUGAGGAGAGCAACAGAAUGCAUGCUAUUAAUGGAAAGAUUUUUGGGAAUCUCCAUGGCCUCAUCAUGAAUGAAGAUACAAUGACAAACUGGUAUUUGUUAGGAAUAGGAAGUGAAGUGGAUAUACAUACCAUCCAUUAUCAUGCUGAGAGCUUUCUUUUCAAAAUAGAUAAAUCUUACCGAGAAGAUGUGUACGAUCUCUUUCCUGGGACCUUCCAAACUGUUGAACUAUUUGCAGAUCACCCAGGGACAUGGCUGUUACACUGUCACGUAUCUGAUCACAUCCAUGCAGGCAUGGAAACCACCUACACAGUCCUUCGGAACACAGACAACAGGACUCCUUAUUCCACCAAGACUCCUUCUGGAGGAGCAUCCCACCCAGCCACCGAGCCCUCCGAUGAAGAACGUGUCAAGGAGCAACUCUAUUUCUUUGGCAAGAACCUGGGUCCUAGAGGAGCUAAAGCAGCCUUGGUCAUCCUUUUCAUCAUGGGGCUCCUCUUCCUGAUCAUCACAGUGAUUCUGUCCCUCAGACUGCGCUCUGCAAGGAACCAGGUGGCAUACCGGGCAGUCCAGUCCUGUGCGCUCCCCACGGAUGCUCUGUGAACUAGCUGGUCUUGCUCUGCAGGGAACCUGGACAAGGCAUUGUUCACCAAGGAAGGCUGAUGCUGUAUCUUAGGUCAGGCUCUGAUCCUCAGGACACAGUCAAAGCGUUUGCUUUUACUUACUUAUUUUUAAAUAGGCUGUGAAGCAUCCUUUGGUGUAAAAUACAAAAAGAGGAGAAUGAGUGUGACUGAUAGAACAGUCUCAGUCUGUUCCUGGAAUGAAUUUGCUCAACUGCAGAGACCCUUUGAAAGAUAUCUUUAUUUUCCAUUUUACAUAGUUCUUAGAUUAGACAGAGAGUGCUUCCUUAGCUAACCCUCAAACUUUUUAGAUGAACAACUUUGGAAAGAGGUAGGCUGCUUCAGACAUCUAACAAGAAAAGUGCUGAUUUUUCAAUCCUGUUACUUAAGGUGCUUCCCUUAGCUGUUCUGGGGGAAAGAACUUUCUCGUGAAUUCAUGGAAAUGUCUACGUCAGUAUCUGCUGAUAGAAUCUGACCAAAUGAAUAUGUUAGAAGCUUUAGCCAGCAGACCUGGCCUUUUCCACUUUAAUAUAAAUAACCUGUACACUAUUCGUUACAAAAGGCAAAGUUAUAAGCAUUUAAAAAAUAUUGCUGCUGUUUUUAUGCUAAAUGGUAGAGAUACUUGAACAGUUAUGACUCACUUCAUGUUAUUUGUUCAUACAAUAUGUUUCUGUGGCAACAUCUGUAUUUUCAAGAAUCAACUAGAGAACUGGUUUCUGUUUUUCAGAACGUGGAGGGCUGGAAUCUGUGAAACAGCCGGUUAGGUUCCCCACUGUGAGUCAGAGACUCCCUGACAGUUUCGUGGGACCUUCUAAGAUGGAGGCAAACUGCAGGAGGCAAGUCUGGGCUUGAGUCUUGAGUCUGAUUUUUUAUUUACCUCAGCAGUCUUUCCAAGUCUCCAUCUUCUAGAAAAUAAAAACAGUCUCAUCAUGCAAGAAACAUCAGGAAGAAUUCAGCAGUGUAGCUGACUAGUUGAGAGGAGAAGAGAAUCACAAAAUCCUAGAUUCCAUGCCUCUUAAAGACAAGGCCUGUGUUGGAGGAGAAAAGAAAAGGAAAGGAAAAGCUCGAAAAAGAGAGUCCCCAUAGCAAUUUUUACACCAUUAAAGCAGCUUUCAAAACAAGUAUUAUAGUUUUCAAGCAAUCCAUUCUCUCUCUUUGCAUGCAUAAAUGUUAGGUAUAAGAUUGAUAAAAGCAAUAUUGUUUAUUACUAGACUGAGACAUUGCCCUUCACUCAGGGCAAGCUGCCCUGUAAUGCCAAUGCCAAUGCCGGAUGAGUGAGCAUAGUACAACUGCCUUGGCCAUGGGUCAUUUGGAUGUCCAGAUGAAUGAGCAGGACCUAAUAAAUACUCCGGUGGAGGGACCUUUCAUACUUUCUCAUCUGCUUCUUGGUGAAGGGAAACAUGUAAUUUGAUAAAAACUAGUUUAACAGAAAACAGGAUUCGAAUGCUAAUAGUUAUGUCCAUAGUUUGGUUGAAUGUCCAGGCAAACAGGAUCCCCAAAGGAUUCUGAAUCCUACCCUGUGAUUUUGUGAUAAUGUGAUUUUGCAGUAGGCGCUCUACAGUCUUCAUUCCUGCGUGGGCUGUAUAAUUUCACGAUAAUAGUUAUGAGAAAUGCUUUAUUUAUAACUCACGCCACAAACUAU